AUGACAUCUCUGGCGCCGGUCGAGGUAAUGCACAUUACGAACAUGUUGAAUAACAAAGGAGGUUUAGCUGUCCACCCCUACCACGGAGGUCUAUUCGAACAACACCCAUUUUCCAUCAAGACAGAGCCCGGCAUGGAGCGAUCCGCAUCACCCCACGGCUCCGAGCAUUCGCAGUAUUCGACAUCCCACAUGGCUCGACAGUACCCAUCACCCAGCGCGAUGCAGGCCUCAAUGCACCUCCCGAGCCAGAUGCACACCUCGAUGCCGCUGCCGUCGUUCCCUGAGAUGGGUAGCAUGGGCCAUGUCCACAGCAUGCCAAUGCAACAGAUGCAACAACAGCCACCACCGCAACAACAUCACCAGCAACAGCCGCAGCAGCCGCAGCAGCACCGCCAACCACCGCCUCAGCCGACAAAGUCCCAUCCUUGCAGCGAGUGUGGGAAGCACUUUGCUAGGAGGAGCGACCUUUCCCGUCAUGAACGGAUCCAUACUGGUGUUCGACCACACGUGUGCGACUACCCAGCCUGCGGCAAGAUGUUCAUCCAACGUUCAGCCCUCACUGUCCACCAACGGGUACAUACGGGCGAGAAGCCGCAUCAAUGUGAAGCGUGUGCCAGGCGAUUUAGUGACAGCAGCUCAUUAGCUCGUCACCGAAAGACCCAUCAGGGCGAGCGACCUUACAAGUGCCCAUUCGCCGACUGCCAGAAGACCUUCACCCGUCGAACUACUCUCACAAGGCACCAGAACCACCACAGCGGAACCCUUGAAGAGGCGGCGGCAGCCACUGCAGCAGCGUUGGCUGGAGCCAAGUCUGCAAAGGUCGGACAGGCCCGGUCCGAAGGCGACCAUCUCUCGGCACAUGGAUCUCCUCUGACAACUCCUUCGCCUGCUCAGCGGACCAUGUCCAUGUCUCCCAGUGUGGAUUUGGGCGGAGGCGGCGGAAUGCCUCGCCAUGGUGGAGAGUUGCAAUACCUGCAACAAAAUGGCUCUUUGCCCGUGCAUUUGAGAGUAGGCAGCCCGGUUCCCACCUCAAACACCGCUUACGGCAACGUUAUGCGACCGACUUCCCACCCAACUGGUUAUGGACCUCCAUCUACUCUGGAACCCAGUCUGGACCAGCAUCCAUCGGGGCCUGCAAGUGCGAACAACAGCCCCCAUAUGAGCAACGUCGGAUGGCAAUCCCCAUCUCAUGUUCCGUCGCCGCCUCACCCUGCACCCGGUUACGUGUAUCCUGACCCUGGCGACUACCCCCCAACUUCUGCUAUCAACCAGAUGUAUUAUAACCCUGCUCCACAAAUGCGGCGACCUCAGAGCACAGAGCCGGGUAUGGUACAUAUGGCCUAG